AUGGAUCGUAGCCAGGCGCAAGUUGAGGUCGUGGAGUCUGAACUUAUCACCGACUCUGCUACCAAAAAUGCGGAUUCCAGUUUGUGUCCGGCUGAUAUUGAAAUUGAUCGAGAAUCUUCGGCUGAACUUUCGAUGAAUAGGAGCCAGGCGCAAGUGGAGGUCGUGGAGUCUGAACUUAUCACCGACUCUGCUACCAAAAAUGCGGAUUCCAGUUUGUGUCCGGCUGAUAUUGAAAUUGAUCGAGAAUCUUCGGCUGAACUUACGAUGAAUAGGAGCCAGGCGCAAGUUGAGGUCGUGGAGUCUGAACUCAUCACCGACUCUGCUACCAAAAAUGCGGAUUCCAGUUUGUGUCCGGCUGAUAUUGAAAUUGAUCGAGAAUCUUCGGCUGAACUUACGAUGAAUAGGAGCCAGGCGCAAGUGGAGGUCGUGGAGUCUGAACUUAUCACCGACUCUGCUACCAAAAAUGCGGAUUCCAGUUUGUGUCCGGCUGAUAUUGAAAUUGAUCGAGAAUCUUCGGCUGAACUUACGAUGAAUAGGAGCCAGGCGCAAGUGGAGGUCGUGGAGUCUGAACUUAUCACCGACUCUGCUACCAAAAAUGCGGAUUCCAGUUUGUGUCCGGCUGAUAUUGAAAUUGAUCGAGAAUCGUCGGCUGGACUUGAGAUGGGUUGGAGCAAGGUUCAAGUGGAGGUCGUGGUAGAUGCCAGUUUAACUCCAGCAGACGUUCAAGUAAAUCGUCAAUCAUCAGCUGAAGCCACUGUGACAGUUAGCAACGCCCCUGAAAACAUUAUAAACAUCACCAAAAAACGGAAACUCUUUUCCAAACCUGACCCUGAAACUCUUAUUCUUAAUACUGAAUCACCGCAACGCCCAUCUGAAUCAAAGUAUCCUGAAUUUAAUACCGAAAAUAAUCGAGCUGUUUCUGGGAAACAAGAGAAUCUACCUAUUCAACGUCGUCAGCUUCCCUCGCGUGCUGCACGUACUAGGAUUGCUACAUUAUCUGAAGAAAAAUUGGCAGGAAAAUCGCCUAUAGUUAAAUAUUGCAAAACCCCAAAAAAUGCUGCUAACGAUAGCAGCAGCCACAACAAUGAUUUCACGAAACUCGAUGAGAAGCGGAAGAUUAUUUUCAAUGAUGUAGUGGAUAUAAAAGAAUUCAAUUCUCCUAAUAUUGAAGGCGAUAUCAUAAAAAAGACCAGGUCACGUCGUUUGAAGCGUUUGCAUGAAAAUUCUCAGCAGGAUGUCAACGCCCAAACAAUAGAACCUCAUGAAGAACCGGCCGACUUCCUUCAACCUCUCAAAGAUAAUGCGGUACCAAGGGAAGAAAAUCCCAAGGGAAGAAAAACUACAACAAGAGAUGAUAAGCCUAAGAGAGGAGGUAAAAAAAAAAUUAUCCAUGAUGAGCCAAUCCCAAAAAAGAUGAAACCCCAAACCUUUGAUCCAAAAAAAGAUGAAAACCCAGAAGAGGAAACUAUGCAUAAAUCUGUAGAAGAACAACAUUCGGAAUCAAAACCACCCACGAAGAAAGGGAGACCAUUAAAAAAGCGUGCCCAAGAUGAACCGGUUGUAAUCGAAAAUAGUCGUCUUGCAGAAUUCAAAGAAGAAAGCACAGAAAAGCAAAAUUUGGAGGAUGAUUUGCCCAAGAAGAGAGGACGAAAAAAGAAAAUCGCGCAAAAUGUGCCGGUUGAAUCAACAAAAGAAUGCACAGCAGUAUCAGAUUCCGAAUCUAAAGACAAAAAAUCAGAUAUUCAACCUGUGGUGGAAGAGUUGCCCAAGAAAAGAGGUAGAAAGAUUAAAAUGAUCCAAGAUGAAUCAAUCGAAACUAAAAAAGAAAUCAAUUUAGAUCAAUGUACAGCAGUAUCAGAUGUCGAAUCUAAAGACAAAAAAUCAGACAUUCAACCUGUGGUGGAAGAGUUGCCCAAGAAAAGAGGUAGAAAGAUUAAAAUGAUCCAAGAUGAAUCAAUCGAAACUAAAAAAGAAAUCAAUCUAGAACAAUGUACAGCAGUAUCAGAUGUCGAAUCUAAAGACAAAAAAUCAGACAUUCAACCUGUGGUGGAAGAGUUGCCCAAGAAAAGAGGUAGAAAAAUUAAAAUGAUCCAAGAUGAAUCAAUCGGAACUAAAAAAGAAAUCAAUCUAGAACAGAAGACUGCAGAUCCUACAGCGGAAAAGGCAGACGAUGAAAAUGAUCGAAAAGAUAUCAAGAAAAGGGGGAAGACGAGCAAGAAGGAAGUUACCCAAGGCCCAGAGAAAAGUUCCACAGAACCAAAUGAAACGAAUGCUGAAACGGUAGCAAACGGUGUGCGAACUAGAAGCAGAAGGGCAAAGCAAGCGAUCUAACUGUUGAGGAAUUGUGGUGGCGAUUUUUUUUAAUAAUUACUGUUUGAAAAUGUUUUUGUUUUUAUUUAAGUUAGUCUGUAGUGCAUUUCAGUUCCAAUUACCGAAUUCAAUAACCGAUCGUUUUUUGAUAUUCCCUGUGCGGAUAGA